GUCUCUUUCGACUCCUAUUUUUGUUUCUCAAGAAUUUGUACAAUAUUGGUUUUUCUUCGUCGAACUGCACGUCGGAAAGAGGAAUCUGCGCUCAGUUUUUCUGGCCAGUUUUUUAGGGGACUUUGGCCGGAAAUAACACAAUUAAAAGGCUCUUUCUGAUUCUUCAUUUCCUUCCUGUGCAUAUUAUGAUUAUUAAUUAGAUAGCGUUGAGAGGAGAUGCAGGGAUGAGUAAAUUGAAGUGGAAUGGAAUCUAGUGAAGUGAAGAGAAGCACAUCUCCAGCAGCAUCCAAUGAAGUCGAUGUAGCCGAUGACGACUGCAGCUCCAAGAAACCCCCGAAGCCGGAGGCGACGCAGCCGCCCCUGAAUCAAGAGAUGGAGCGGUGCCCCUCCGGCUACAGGAUCCCGGCCUCCGUGUUCGAGUCGUCGACGCAGGGCGACUGGAGCGUCGCCUCCAACGAGUCGCUCUUCAGCAUCCACAUGGGCAACAUGAGCUUCACCAACGACUACUACACGUGGCGCUCGGGCGAGCUCGGCCCGCCCACCUCGGACCACAUGUUUUGCUACUCGGAGCAUUCGUCCACGGGCGGCGCCGCCGACAUGAGGAGCCGCGAGCUCGGCCUUGCGGAGGCCACCAUGCUGGAGGUGAUUAAGGAGAACGAGGGGCGGAGUCCGCCGAGACCGCUGCCGGCGGAAGUGCGAAACGCUCGGCGUUCGGCGGGGAGCAACCAUAGCAACAUGUCCUUCGCGUUUUCGGUAGCGGGAGGAGACACGGAGAGGAUACCAAGCUCAACAAAAUCGACGGCAGCAGCAGCGGUAGCGGCAGCGGCAGAGGCAGAGGCAGAGGCAGCGGAGGCGGAGAAUAAUGCAGCAGAGGCAGAGCACGAUGAAGCGAAAGAGAAAGAAAAAGGGGCUCAACAUCGAUCAAACUGGUUAUUUUGUUGCCCCUGCUGGUCAUUUUGUUCCUAAGGAAAGAAAUGCAUGUCGACAUAGGCCUAGCUACUCUAAUCAUCUCAUCGGAUAUAUAUUCUCGUCGUUUCUUUAGGCCUAUGUUUCACUUUAUCAAUAUAUAUACUAGAAAACUCAACAUCUCGUGUGUAAUAUGGUAGGGCUCCUAGGAUCUAGUAAAACUGACAUUUAUUUGUUCAAACUUUCAUCUUUUCUUAAUGUAGAAAUAAAUAUUAAUUAUUCUAUCA